CUCCAGCAGCAUUUAGACACAACGAAAGGAUCAUGGCGGAUGGCCCCAGGUGUAAGCGCAGAAAGCAGGCGAACCCGAGGAGGAACAACGUAACUAACUACAACAAUGUGGUGGAGGCCAGAUCAGACUCAGAUGAUGAGGACAAGCUGCACAUCGUGGAGGAGGAAGGCAGCCUGGCAGAUGGGGCUGACUGCGACAGCACCCUGCCAGACGACGAGCACCCCAGGGGGCAUUGCUGGGACAGAGUGAAGGAGGAUUGUGGGUCAGACGGUGAGGACGACGUAAGCGCAGAUGCCCUCGUUGAGGAGAUGCUCCAGCAAGGAGACACGGCUGUCAUCUACCCAGAGGCCCCUGAGGACGAGCCUCAACGUCAGGGCACUCCUGAUGCCAGCAUCCAUGACGAGAAUGGAACUCCUGAUUCCUUCUCUCAGCUGCUCACCUGCCCGUACUGCGCACGUGGCUACAAGCGUUACAGCUCCCUAAAGGAGCAUAUCAAGUACCGGCACGAGAAGACCGAGGAGAGCUUCAGCUGCCCAGAGUGCAGCUACAGCUUCGCAUACCGAGCUCAACUGGAGAGGCAUAUGACGGUCCACAAGGGUGGACGGGAUCAGAGACACAUCACACAGUCGGGAGGCAAUCGUAAAUUCAAGUGCACUGAAUGUGGCAAAGCGUUUAAAUACAAGCAUCAUCUGAAGGAGCACCUACGCAUCCACAGCGGAGAGAAACCCUAUGAGUGCUCCAACUGCAAGAAGCGCUUCUCCCACUCAGGCUCAUACAGCUCCCACAUCAGCAGUAAAAAGUGUAUCAGCGUCAUCUCAGUUAAUGGCAGACCACGCUUAGGGAACGCCAAAACCCAGACCCGGGCUCCAUCACCAGUGCUGUCCACACCGCCCUCAGUCCUCCGCACCCAGAUUAGAGAGAAGCUGGAGCACAGCAAGCCCUUGCAGGAGCAGCUGCCCCUCAACCAGAUCAAGACAGAGCCUGUGGAUUAUGACUACAAGCCAACGGUGCUAACAUCCCCAACGGUGAGCGCCAUGAACGGUGGGAUUUUUAAUGGAGGUGCUGCAGCUCCUCUGCAGGGUACAGUCCAGGCCGUGGUCCUGCCCACUGUCGGGCUGGUGUCGCCCAUCAGCAUCAACCUGGCAGACCUGCAGAAUGCUCUCAAAGUGGCAGUGGAUGGUAACGUCAUUCGGCAGGUGCUGGAAAGCAAUGCCAAAGGCCAGGGACAGGUGAACUCGGGGUUAACCACUGGAACUCUCCACGCCCCGCAACAGCAACUCAUCUCAGCCAUCAGUCUGCCUAUUGUGGGUCAGGAUGGAAAUGCAAAAAUCAUUAUAAACUACAGUUUGGACCCCAACCAGGGCCAGCUCACAGCCCAGAACCUGAAGAAAGAGCCUGAGCCAAACUUACCAGCUCAGACCACCACUGACACCUUCAAGUCCCAGAAACUUCCAGAAGAUCUCACCAUCAGAGGCGCCAAGCCCAAUGAGACUAAAGGCAAAGAGGAAAAGACCACUAAAACUUGUCUCCUGUGUGAUAACUGUCCCGGUGGGCUGGAAACACUCCAUGCCCUCAAGCACUGCAAGACAGAUUGUCUCAGGCUGAAUGGAGCAGGCCUGGAUAAGUCUGAGUCUGCUGUUGCUGCCCUGCUGUCUGAGGGAGGACUCUGCAACCAGCCUAAAAACCUCUUGUCCCUGCUCAAGGCGUACUUUGCCUUAAAUGCAGAGCCCACCAAGGAUGAGCUGGCCAAGAUCUCUGACUCAGUCAGCCUGCCGAUCCAUGUGGUUAAGAAGUGGUUUGAUAAAAUGCAAGAGGGUCAGAUAUCACUGGGUGCCCCGACACCUCCCUCAGAGGAAGAGGAUACCUGUGAAGCAACCAGUGUGGUGUCUCUGGUCCCAGGGAAGGAUACGGCCAAUAUGAGCCCUUCGGUGACCCAGGAUAGCCCUACAGAAGCCACCCCAGCAGAGACCAAUGGCACCCACAGCUCCCCGGCCUCGCCCUCACCACUCAACCUGACAGCUGGCGGCCCCGUCCCAGCCCAGCCACCCCAGAGCACUGAGGGACCCCUCGACCUGUCGCUGCCAAAGCCAGCCAGAGAAGAAGCAGAGAGAGUCGUGGCUAAAGCCCACGUAUACCCCUCCCCUUCCUCUGGCUCGACCAAUGUGGAUGAACCCCUGAACUUAACUUGCACAAAGAAAGAGGCAUCGCCACUCUCAGCCAUGGGCACCAGCCCCAUUGCACUGUACACCAGCCAGCCAAGUGCCAAACCCCUUGACAUUGUGACCACAAUGCAAUGCCUCAGGGCACUAGCCACUAACAACAAACAGACUAUCCUGAUCCCCCAGCUGGCGUACACCUAUACCACUACAGCAAACAGCCCUGCGGGGACUGAGACACAGGAAACCAUCCACCUCAAUGGAAUCAAGGAGGAGAAGCAGGACUCAGAAGGCGUGUCCACUGUGGAGGAGCAGAACGACUCCGACUCUGGCCCUCAGAGGAAGAAAAUGAAGAAGACGGACAGCGGCAUGUACGCCUGUGACCUGUGCGAUAAGAUCUUCCAAAAGAGCAGCUCACUGCUGAGACACAAAUACGAACACACAGGGAAGCGACCUCACGAGUGCGGCAUCUGCAGCAAGGCUUUCAAACACAAACACCACUUGAUCGAACACAUGCGGCUCCACUCCGGGGAGAAGCCGUACCAGUGCGACAAGUGCGGCAAGCGUUUCUCCCACUCGGGCUCCUACUCGCAGCACAUGAACCACCGCUACUCCUACUGCAAGAAGGAGACGCAGAGCCAAGUUGGAGGCCGGGAGAGCCCUGAGGAGGACGGCGAGGUACAGGCCGAGAUGGAGGCCCUGAGCCGGGUGCAGAGGCGGCUCCUGGCCCCCUCCCAGCUGGACUCAGAUGAGCGAGGGAGCAGCACCAGAGAGGACGAGGAGAGCGAGGAGGAGCUGGAGGAGGAAGAGGAAGGUGCGGUGGACAUGGACGAUAUCCAGGUAGUGCAGAUAGGUGAUGAAGGAGGGGAUGAGGAGGAGGAGGAGGAGGAGGGAGACAGGAAUGAGGAGGAGAUAGAGAGAGUGUUGGUGGAGGGAGGAGGAGAGGAGGAGAAGAACGAGGUGAGAGAGGAAGAAGAGGAGGCUGACACAAGGCAAGAGGAGGUGCUCGGGAGCAUUCAGGAAGAGGAGGAAGUCAAGAUGGAUACAGAAGAAGGGUUGACUGAAGAAGGGGAAGCAGAGGGGGAGGUCGCUGAGGAGAGUGGAGGCGAAACAAACAGGAACACGGUUCCUGAAGACUUGGAGCAGGCGCGGCAGGAGGAAGGAGAUACUGACUAAAAGAGGAAUCAGACUCCUCCAUGAGACACAAUCAGAUUCCUCCUCUCCCCGUGCAGAGGAGGAACGCAGGAGAUGAUGUCUGGUCACCCUGACAGAUCGUUUCAGUUCACUACUGUGUAGAAAUCCAGGUGUGCCUGAAAAAAUACUAGUGACUUUUCCACAGGAGAACGAUUUCUCACUGUUCGAAAGAUCCAUUUGUAAAGAAAGUGAUGAAGACUAACACAAAUUUUAACAAACGGAGGACAUGCAUUAUACAGACUUUGGAAGCUAGAGCCGACACGUUUUAGAUAAUGUUUUAUUACUAAAACACCUUGGGUCAUUUCUUUUUAUCAGUGUUACUAAUUUUAUCACUCAUAUUUUAACCUUUAAAAGCUGUACAGUUGGGAGAUAUUUCUAUACCUUUUUAUUGCCAAUGAACAAAAAAAAAAUCAGUAUUUUAUUAAGUUGGAAGGAAAUUAAGAAAAAUCCUGUGCACUACAAGUGGCUUGGUUUACCUAUGGAUUGAACAGUUGAGUUGUGUUGUCUACCCUUCAGUAUUACCGCACUAGAUGUACCACGCCAUCAUCACGCUAGCAGACGUUAGCAUAACAUGUCUAUUCGAUGUUCUUUUGAUUGAAUUGUGAGCCUUAAGAAGAAAGAACUGCGAACUGGUCUUUUUUCAGUAUUUUAGUUCCUUUUAGACACAGUGUUGUCAAAUUUUCCUUACAAAUCAGUGUUCCAUAGGAAUUAGCUUGACAUUUUGGGAAAUAUGCUCAUUUGUGUUGUGGUUAGCGUUAAAGGAGAACGUCUGUGCCACUCUCAUAUUUAAGGGGUAAUGUCUGGCGAGGUGUUCAUUACUAAGAAUGAAUGGACGAAGAUGGACACCUUGAAGGGCAUCGUCCCACUAAUACCGUGGUCACAAAAGUUUACUGUUCAUUUACAUUGCCAUGUUUUGCAAUCAAAAGUUUUCUACGAACUCUGUUUCCCUGGCAACACGUGAGAACAGCUGGAACUUAAAUUACCACCCCCUAAGGUUGUCAUGCUAUGGUAAUGUAUAAGACUCCAUUAAACAGGACGCACUUUAGAUGCCACUUGACAACAGGAGAUAAACUAGUCCACUCAGCUCAUAGAACCCUCACUCAGCUGUUAGCCAGACAGCUAAUGUUAGGCAAUAUUCAAAGUCAGUAAGAUUGCAUACGAACUUACUGUUCACAAUUUGACGGCAUGUGUAGCAUCAAAAGCAGCUGGCUAACCAGUCAUUGUCCCAAAAUCAGUGUCAAGAUUUUCAAGACUAAAUGAUGUGUACUGUCAGCUGCAGCCUGAAGUAGAGAGGUGAAGGAGCGAAUGGCUUGUGUGUUACAGCGGCCAUCCUGUGGUGUUCAGAGGAUGAUGCACUAAAGGACUACACCCAGUGAGAUAUUCUGAUAAGACACAGGCUGUAAUGUGUCAAUUUAGAACUGUGAACAGACAGUUUCACUGGAACUAUUUAUUCGUUCCACAAGUCCAUUGAUUUAUCAGGACACCCUGCAGCCAAUCAGAAUCGAGAAUUCACCCAGACCAAGGUAAAGCUAUCCGUUAAAUAUGCAGUGAGCAGCGGCUUAGCCUAGCAUAGCAUGCAGACUGGAAAAAAGGAAAACAGCUGUUAAGUCUUCUGUUAAGCUAACAGAAAUACAGCAGGCUAGCGUUUUCCCCCUGUAGUAUUUAUGCUAAAUUAAGCUCACCAUCUGCUGCUUCAUAUUGACCUGACCGAUACGAGAGUGGUAUUGAUCUUCUCAUCACCUCCAUGCAAACAAUUAGAGUGUUUUCUCAAAGUGUUGAACUGUUGUUAUAAUGUUCAGAGCAAGCAGAAAGGGGAUGUAGAAAACUGUCUGACCCUCCCUGUACCUACCCCUGCCCCACUCUGAGCCAUAUGCAAAAAAUCUAAAACAAGACAAACAUGCAUAUCAGAAGUGCCAUUGAAUAUUGCUGUUGAAGCUAUGAUCAGGUAUUGCCGGGUCAACCAAUACGCCGGAAUACUGUUGACUUUGGCUCACCACCACACCUGAAAGAGUAGAGUUUAGCUGACCACCUAUUCAUGUAUCAUACAUUUUAGAUAAGUUGCUUUUAUUUCUAACCUGAGGGGCUAAAAGACUUAUAAUGCACACGUUUUGUAAUGGAUGAUGAUGAAGUAUGAGUUCUAAUUAUUAACUGUGUCCUGCCUUUCAAAGCUUAUUCAGUGCACUUGUUUAACACACCAUGAAAUGCUCAGAUGUCUCUUCAGGUAACAAAAUGUAGGCAAAUCUGAAUCCCAGGAGUUUAAUUCAACAAUGUUUUUACCUGUCAGUAUUAUUUUUGUCCCUAUGUGGUAUGUUCUGUUUCAUGUGUGUACUGUAUGUUUUCAGCAAUGGCAGUAUUAUCCCCACCCCCAAGGAGAUGGGUAUGUCUGUUUAGUCAUAGAGAACUUUUAUAUUUAUGUGUCUUAUUUUUUAUAUUUCUUUAUGGUUAUUUAUUACACUAUGUAGUGUACAAUACUGUAGUUUGUAUUAAUACGAUAAUAUAUUUUAUUAUGGAAAAAAAAAUUAUUCAAAGGCAAAUAACUACAAGCCUCGAAAAAUAAGACUCCGGUGUACUGAAGUAUGUUUUUUCGAACAAACAAAAUUAUGUUUUUCCUUGGAAAAAAAAAAAAAGAAACCUGCACCCUGCAAGCCUGAAAAUUGGAACUUGUUACCUUUCUGCAUCCAUUCUCAUGUUAUUUUAGUUUUCUUUCCCCUCUCUAAUAUGAAGCUACUGAACUCUUGAAAACUAAUAGUAUGUCUAAUAGCAUGAGUGUGUGCUGUUUUUAUUGAAGGAUUAUCCUUAACCACACAAACUGUCCUUUUUGCCAAGCCAAAAUAAUAUUGAUGUAUGUUCUUAUGUUUUUAUUGUGCCAAUGUGUUACUUUCUAUGUCAGUGUCAUGACCACCCCCAUUUUAUAUGCCCAUCCCCCUUUAACACCCUCAUCUUUUUUUUAUAGUGAUUGUUUUUUUUUGUUUGUUUUCUUUUUUUGUUCAUUUUUUAUGACUCCCCAUCUCACAAUAAAAUACAUCAA